AUGUAUGUGAAAUGGUUUGAUACAGUAAUAUUUUACUAUAUUAUUUUAGUGUAUUUAGUGAAUGUCACAAUAUGUCAUUUUCAAAUUUCCCGCCGUUCCGUCCCCAGUGCGUCCCGACGCUCGCAGGGAACUGAAUCCAGAUGACAGAUGGAGUACUCCUCCGGAGUACACUACAGGAGGGACAUCGUGGGAGCGCAGGACAAGGUAAGUGACCGAGGGAUCCCGGAGCAAAGCCGCAUGGUAAGCCUGAGUAUAGCUCGGGGUUACCGCUUUUGCUACACUCGGGAAUACCGCCAGGGAGGU